UAUCUGUGUGUUUCAUGCAGGUAUGAGCAAGAUAAAGUAGACAAUGCACUCCAAACCUCGAGAUUCACUGACCAAAAAACGAUAAAAAUGUUGCAUAGAUUUCUCUGCAAUUUUCUCUUUCCUCCCACUCACUGAUUCUCUGUUUAAGCAUCGAUUCCUGUUAUCAUCACUGAUUCCGCUAGAUUUUGAUGUUCUUUCCGCAUCAUCCGUGAAUUAAGCGUCGGUUUCAGGAAUUGAUUACUUUUUCAAUACCUUUUGUGUUAUCUGGAAGUUUAUCGAUAGGAAUUAACACCAAUUUCUAUUUCAUAUGCUCGUUCGUCAUCAUCGUCGCACCUGCGUAUUAAGCGCCGGUUUUCAGGUUUGAUUUGACUUGACUUUGUGCUUUACUGGAAGAUUUUGGAGUUGUUGAGGUGAUAUCGUAGCAAUUGUUUUGUUUCUUGCAGGAAUUAGUUUCUCAUUAUUAAGUGUGCUAUCUGUAAGUUUUUCAUUAGGAAUUGACGAAUUGGUAUGGAUUUCUAUCAGACGUCGUUGAUUCACUGGAUCACCGUAUUAUGAUGUCCGUACAGCAUCAUCGUCGCACCUACGUAUCUUAAAACUGUUGCCUUUUAGGCUUAUUUUAACUCGACGUGCGUUUUGCUGGAAGAUCGUUAAGAGUUACCGAAGUGAAUUAGUAGCAAUCGCAUUUUUUUUGCAGGCAUUAGUUUUUCAAUACCAGUUAUGUUGUCUGUCGGUUGUCAAAAAGAUAUCAUCAGUUCCUAUUCAUCUUCGUUCCUUCACUGGUUCACAGGGUUGUGUUGUUCGCCCGGCAUCUUUGUUACAACUAUCUUAAAAACUGCGACUUUUCAGCAAUUUUGUUGUCCGUACCAAAAUUUGCAACAUUUUGUUUGGGAUUCCAAAAGGAAUCAUGAAGAGGAAGUAUUAUAACUUACACCAAAGCACACAUCAAUUCAAUCCACAACCUUUUGAAGCAUACUGGUGUGGUUCAUGGAUACCUGUGGAGCGCUUAAGAAUCAGAAAUGGAGUUGUUAGCAUGUUUAUCAUAAAUAAAGGGGAUACAACUGAAGAAACCAUUCCCAUGUCAGACCUUCGAAUAACCUCAAGAAAAGCAACUUUAAUGGAUUGCACGUGCUUCCUGAGACCUGGGAUAGAUGUUUGUGUGCAUGCUCCUUAUCAAGCAGCAGAAGAAGAAUCAAACGACAAGAAUCUAAAUCCUGUCUGGAUUGAUGCUAAGAUAACCUCACUAGAGAGGAAGCCUCACGAAGAAGAUAAAUGUGCCUGUGAGUUCUAUGUCAGCAUCUAUCUGAAGCAAGGUCCUGCUGGCAUGAUCAAGAAAGCUGUUAAUAAAGAGACCAAACUGGUACACAUUGAUCAGAUCUCAAUUCUUCAGAAGCUUGAAGGGAAGCCUAGUGAAAAUAACCAAUAUCGCUGGAACCUUUCUGAAGACUGCGCUUCACGUCGUAUAUUUAAACUAUUUACCGGAAAGUUCUCCUCGGAUAUCUCAUGGUUAAUUGUUGCAUCUGUCUUCAAGCAACUUGUUUUCGAUGUGAGGUCAGUUGACAACCAGAUUGUGUAUCAAAUUUGGGAUGGUGAUGGUGAAAAGAGUUUGCCAGAUUCUGAAAACCAUUCAAGUGCUAUUAACUUCAGAUUAGAAAAUGGUAUUUCCAUUCCUUUCCUUGUCCCAUUCAGUCAAACAGAAUCCCAAGAGGAAAAGACACCUAAUUGUGGUGCUGAUGAAAUUGCUUCAACAACCAACUACGAUCUCAUGGGCUUGCGUCGGUCAAAGCGUAGAAAUAUCCAACCUGAGCGCUAUAUGGGUGAUGAUGAUGUGUCCGAGUCAGAAGUUGAUUUAUCUCGUGUUGGAUUAUACAGACCAAACAGAUCCAAAUUCGAGGAAGUCCCAAUCGUGUUAUCAAUCCAAGAUGAUCAUUCUUUCAAAGAUGAAAAUAAAUUGGAUUACUUCAGGAAAAUAUACAAAGAAGAGGGUUAUCUUGGAAGGCAGAAUGAUACAAGCAAGUCAAAGGAGGUGAGAACAGAAGUCCCCUACAUACAAGAUCGAGGUGAACAACGAUACCCUCCUUCUACGGCUUCUCAAGGUCAUUCUUCAAGGCCGUAUAUAUAUGCUGAUUCUUAUAAGGCUGAAAUUUCUGACGAUGAAGGAGGGGAAAUUAGUGACAUAUGGGCCAAGUAUUUUAAAAUGCAUGGUUCUUCCAAAAUCCAUAAAAGAAAAUAUAAAGCUCCCCAAUCUGACUUUGAUGGUGGAUGGAAGGGAUUACCUGUAACAAAUAAACGAGGCCGUAAAAAGCGGGGUUCUUCUGGGAAGGAGAGUAUUUAUGAUGCAAGGACUUCUUUUAGAAAAUCUGUUUGUGCAAGUGUUUAUAGAGAAUUGAUGAGCAGAUGCAUGAGGAAUAUAGAUGCAUCAAUCAACAUAGAACAGCCAGCUGUGAUUGAUCAAUGGAACAAGUUUCAAAUUGGGAAAUCAUUGGAGGAAAGGGAGAAUAAUGAGGUACCUGUAAAAGAAGAAGAAGACGAAGACGAAGAGAUGACAGAAGAAAAAGAACUUGAAAUGUUGUGGAAGGAGAUGGAAUUAGCACUGGCCACCACAUAUCUUAUGGAGGAAUCAGAGGGUUCCCAUGAUUUAAUGCAAAAAUCUAACACCCAGGAGCAGAAGUGUAGACAUGAUUACAGACUCAACGAACAAUUUGGAAUCAUCUGCCGAUUAUGUGGUCAUGUGAGGUCUGAAAUAAAAGACGUCUCACCGGCCUUUUUGCCCGGCGUCGUGUGGACGCCUAGCAAAGAAACCCGUGCAGAAGAUGAUGCAGAGCAGAAUAAGGAAAAUGUAGACACACGCCUUGAAAUCGUAUGCCGUCCUGCUUCAUCCAACAUGGUUGUAGAUGGGAAAGAAAACGUGUGGGCUCUAAUACCCAAUCUUAGAGACAAGCUACGAUUUCAUCAGAAACGAGCAUUCGAGUUUCUAUGGCGAAAUCUUGCUGGCGAUAUAGUACCCUCAGAAAUGGAAGCAGCCAGUAAGAGAAGAGGUGGCUGUGUGAUCUCCCACACUCCAGGAGCCGGGAAAACAUUACUCAUAAUCUCAUUUCUCGUCAGCUACUUGAAACUGUUUCCUGGAUCCCGACCAUUAGUCCUUGCUCCAAAAACAACUCUGUACACCUGGUACAAAGAAAUCAUCAAAUGGGAGAUCCCAAUUCCGGUGUACCAAAUCCACGGUGGUCAGACAUACAGAGAACAAGUUCUAAGAAACAAACUGAAACUAGCUCCCGGUCUUCCUCGCAACCAAGAUGUGAUGCAUGUUUUAGACUGUCUAGAGAAAAUUCAGAAAUGGCUCACAAGUCCAAGUGUCCUCCUCAUGGGUUACACUUCCUUUCUAACACUCACCCGUGAAGAUUCGAACUACGCUCACCGGCAAUACAUGGCCAAAGUCCUUCGCCAGUGCCCCGGAAUCCUGAUCCUCGAUGAAGGCCAUAACCCGAGAAGUACCAAAUCGAGACUAAGGAAAGCCUUGAUGAAAGUAGACACCCCAUUAAGAGUACUUCUAUCCGGCACCCUUUUUCAGAACAAUUUCGGUGAAUAUUUCAACACUCUCACCUUAGCCAGACCGCGAUUCGUCACCGAGGUACUCAAGAAACUCGAUCCUAAAUUCCAGAGGAGAAAGAAAGGAGUUCUUUCCAAGUUUUCGCUCGAAAACAGGGCAAGAAAGCUGUUUGUUAUCAAAAUAGCAGAGCAAAUCAACUCAAAUGUUCCAAAGGAUAGACAACAGGGGUUGAGCAUUCUAAGAAGUUUAACUAGCAGGUUUAUCGACAACUACGAAGGUGGGAGUGCUGAAAACCUUCCUGGGUUGCAAUGUUACACUCUGAUGAUGAAAUCAACCACCAUUCAGCAAGACAUCCUGCUAAAACUUCAAGAUCAAAGACCCGUUUACAAAGGUUUUCCUCUGGAACUCGAACUUUUGAUCACGCUGGGCUCAAUACAUCCGUGGUUGAUACAAACUACCGCAUGUGCAAGCCAGUAUUUCAAAGAGGAGGAACUAAAAGCACUUGAUAGACUCAAGUUCGACCUCAAACUCGGGUCGAAAGUCAGAUUCGUUAUGAGCUUAGUCCCUCGUUGUCUACUCAGAAAAGAAAAAGUCCUCAUCUUUUGCCACAACAUCGCUCCAAUCAAUCUGUUCUUGGAAACAUUCGAUCGGUUCUACGGAUGGAAAAAAGGUGAAGAAGUACUCGUCCUUCAAGGAGAACUCGAACUCUUCGAAAGAGGACGAGUGAUGGAUAAAUUCGAAGAGCCCGGAGGACCAUCAAAAGUGAUGUUGGCUUCCAUUAAUGCUUGUGCUGAAGGAAUCAGUUUGACAGCGGCUUCACGGGUGAUCUUGUUGGAUUCGGAAUGGAAUCCUUCGAAAAGCAAACAAGCGAUCGCUCGAGCUUUUCGCCCGGGUCAAGAUAAGGUGGUCUACGUGUAUCAAUUACUUGCAACUGGGACACUGGAAGAAGAGAAACACAGUAGAACUACUUGGAAAGAGUGGGUGUCGAGUAUGAUAUUUAGUGAGGAAUUGGUGGAAGAUCCAUCUCAUUGGCAAGCACCAAAGAUUGAAGAUGAGUUGUUGAGGGAGAUAGUGGAGGAGGAUCGAGCUUCUCUAUUUCAUGCCAUUAUGAAGAACGAAAAAGCCUCCAAUAUGGUGGUUAGAGGUAGAGAGUAAUGAUGAUAAUAAUUAUCUACGGUAAUCAACUUUUUACCUAGAUGUGUGGUUACGUGUUUUCUUUGUGUUUAGUUUCUAAUAAUCAAACACCUCAUUAAAGCCGGCCAAUUUUAGAUGAUAAUCUGGCAAUUGGCAUAUGUCUGUUUAAUUAAUAUGGUUGAAGAAAAAGUUAGUAUGAACUUCUAUGGUUAACUUAUGUUUUUUGAAAUGUCCAAUGUAAGUUCUGUGUC